CUGACAGGUCAAAGUGAUAUCAGUUGUUUAUUUAUGUUUUCUGAUAUGACGUUUAGAUGAAUACUUGAUUAAAGUGUUUUAUGAUUAAAGCCGUCGAAGAAGGAUCUAUGUAAAAUUACCAUUUAACAAUCUACUAAUCAUUGAAGAUGGCGAGAAUGGCAACUGAGACUCGUGCAAUCUUGUAUGGAUUUUGGUUAUCAUCAUGUUCUUGGCGCGUCCGUGCUGCCUUACAUCUUAAGGAUAUUUCUUAUGUAGAGCGGUCAGUGGACAUCGUCAACAAACGUUCACAGCUGACAGAUGAGUACCGUGUCAUUAACCCCUCGCAGAAGGUUCCCGCGUUAAUUAUUGAUGGCGCAACAAUAAUAGAAUCUAUGGCUAUACUUCAAUAUCUAGAAGACACUCGUCCUAAGCCCAGUCUUAUGCCAAGAACACCAAUAUUAAGAGCUCGUAUGAGAGAAAUUUGUGAGACUGUCGUCUCUGGCAUUCAGCCACUACAGAAUGUUGGUUUGUUAGGUCAUUUCGAUUCUAAAGAUCAAUACAUAAACUUCACUAAGUAUUGGACAGAACGCGGACUGUAUACCCUUGAGGAUCUGCUGCAAAAAUCAUCAGGUCAAUUCUGUAUUGAAAACCAGUUAAGCAUGGCUGAUCUGUGUCUGGUGCCUCAACUGUACAAUGCUGUUACAAGACACAAGUUGAGCUUGGACAAGUUCCCGACAAUUUCGAAAGUUUACGAGACACUAUUAGAAGAAAAAACUUUUAGUGAUACGCACCCGGAGAACAUCAAACAGAAAGAUAUGUAAUGAAAUAAACUCUUACGAUAUCGAA